AUGGGGGGUAACCUGGUAACAGAAAGGGAAUAUGAGGAUCUGAAUAGAAUGAUGGAGCAUACCUGUUUAAAUGAGAUGGACAGCAUUGGGGACCAUUUCACAUGGUCCAAUAAGCAAGCAGCUGCACCCAUCUACUCAAGGAUUGACAGAAUUUUGGGUAAUACUGAGUGGUUCCUCACCAAUAUGGAAACUGUGCUGAAAAUACUUCCUCCAAAUAUUUCUGACCAUGCAUUGCUCUACUUAGACACUAAGGAACAAAGGAAAAAUACCUGA